AUGCUGCCUUGGCUUUUUGUCUUCUCUGUUUUGGCUUUUCCAGCCUGGAGUGUUUCUUCCUGGAACAAGACACAAACUAAACAGCUGUCAGAGGGGCUGCAGUACCUGUUUGGUAACAUCUCCCAGCUCAUUGAAAAGGGCAAACUGAGUCUUGAUGAUGUCACCACGGUCUCUCGCAAGGAGUGGGGGGCAGAAGAUGUUGGCUGCAGCUCUCCGCUGACCAGGCCAGUGGAUGUCCUUGUCACACACCACAUCUUUGGAUUGGAGUGCCAUAAUCAGGCUGUCUGUAGUCAGAGGCUGCGUGAACUGCAGGCCUACCAUGUCCACAACAACAGCGCAUGUGAUGUGGCCUACAACUUUCUGGUUGGGGAUGAUGGCAGGGUGUAUGAAGGUGUUGGCUGGAACAUCCAAGGCUCGCACACCCAAGGCUACAACAACAUCUCCCUGGGUAUUGCUUUCUUUGGCACUAAGGAAGGACACAGUCCCAGUCCUGCUGCCUUGUCAGCCAUGAAGGGCCUAAUCUCCUAUGCUGUCCAGAAAGGCUACUUGUCAUCUGGGUAUAUCCAGCCACUUCUUGUGAAAGGCGAGAACUGUCUUGCCCCUCCUCAGAAGGAGAAUCUGAAGAAAGCUUGCCCUAACAUUGUCCCACGGUCUGCCUGGGGGGCUAGGAAGGCCAGUUGCCUCAGUAUGACCCUGCCUGCUAGGUACGUCAUCAUCCUUCACACCGGUGGGAGAACCUGCAGCAUGUAUGAUGAGUGUCGCCUGCUGAUCCGAGAUCUCCAGUCCUACUUCAUGGACACGCUCAAUGCAUGUGACAUUGGGUAUAACUUCGCUGUGGGCCAGGACGGCAGUAUUUAUGAAGGGGUAGGCUGGAACACCCAAGGGUCUCGCAAUGCUGGCUACAACGACAUUGCUUUGUCCAUCACCUUCAUGGGAACCUUUUCAGGUGCCCCUCCCAAUGCUAUAGCACUGGCGGCAGCCCAGGACCUGAUCCGGUGUGCUGUUGACAAGGGCUACCUAACCUCCAGCUACCUGCUGAUGGGCCACAGUGAUGUUGUCAACACUCUCUCCCCUGGGAAGGCUUUGUACGACAUCAUCAAGACGUGGCCUCACUUCAAACACUGA